GACGGCCGGGCACAGCUGCUGCAACCACGUACGUAGGCUCGCAGCCACCAGGCCACCACAUACGCAGCUCAGCCACCGACCACUCCCAGCGCGCACGACGCCCGUCCGUCCAUGGCGCCCCCACCGCUCCACCGCCCUCCCUACUUAGGCCCCACUUGGCCCAUCGCGCGCCACCGUUCCGCACCACCAUUGACGCCCCCGCCAGCGCUCCACCCCUGCUCCGACCUCCUCACCGAGGCGCUCGGGGCCGAGAGCUUAGACCCAUACGACGUCGCCAUGGACGGCGUCGCCGCGGUCGAAGCCCGGGACCCGCCUUGCAAGAGAGAGCAGCGUGAGCCUGAUGAUGACGCCGACCAAGGUUUCGUGAUGCCGAGGCGGACGAGGAGCGGGAGGGUAAAGUUCCCUCCACCGAUCUCGGUGAUCGGCAAGAGCGGGCGCCCGUGGCUGACUCUCCGGGCGCACCGGGAGGACGGCCGGCUCGUGCUGCGGGAGAUGCGGCUGCCGUCGCAGGAGCUGCUCCAGCCGUGCAGGGAGGACGGGAGGUUUAAGCUGUUCAGGCACCCGGAGGCCGGCGCCGGCGGCCGAUGCGUCGUUGCCAGCGCUAGAUCACCCACCGCGGCGCAGGACUAGGGAAAGGGGAGCAGUUUGAGAUGAUGGAGCGGCUGAUCGAACAGACAGACUUAUCUGUAAUUUAGUUCCUGCGUGACAGAACUCGAAUUAUUCCUCACCUUCCUGCAACAAUGUUCAUGAUCA